AUGGAGGAGAAAGAGAAGAACCAGGACAAUGUGCAGGAUGGAGGAAUGAGAGAAGAACAAUUACAAAGUGCAAGAUGGAGAAGAGAGAGAAGAACAAGGACAACAUGCAGGAUGGAGGAGAGAGAGAAGAACAAGGACAACGUGAAUGAUGGAGGAGAGAGAGAAGAACAAGGACAAUGUGUAGGAUGGAGGAAAGAGAGAAGAACAGGGACAAAGUGUAGGAUGGAGGAGAGAGAGAAGAACAAGGACAACGUGAAGGAUGGAGGAGAGAGAGAAGAACAAGGACAACAUGCAGGAUGGAGGAGAGAGAGAAGAACAAGGACAACGUGA